AUGUAUAGUGUAAUACUGGUGAUCGCAGCAGCCAACGCGGUUCCGCGGCAGAAGCGUCGGUUCCCUGAUGACAUCAUCUUCGGCACUGCCACCGCUUCAUACCAGAUCGAGGGCGCUUGGAAUGAAGAUGGCAAAGGCGAAAGUAUUUGGGACGUCAACACCCACCGUGACCCGACCACCAUUGACGAUCAAAGCAAUGGCGACGUCUCCACCGACUCCUACCACAAGUACAAGAGAGACGUCGAGAUGAUGCGAGAACUCGGCCUGGACUGCUACCGUUUCUCCUUAUCCUGGCCCAGAAUCCUCCCUUCUGGCUUCUCCAACCACAUCAACCAAGCUGGCGUCGACUUUUAUAACAACUACAUCGACGAAAUGCUGAAAUACAACAUCCAACCUAUGAUAACGCUGUACCAUUGGGACUUGCCUCAAAAACUUCAAGAUUUAGGCGGCUUUACCAACCCUUUAUUCGAAGAAUGGUUUGAAGACUACGUAAGGGUUGCAUACAGUCUUUUCGGAGACAGAGUAAAAUUGUGGAUUACUUUUAACGAACCUAUGCAGAUUUGCUAUAAAGGGUAUGGGUCUGUGAAUAAAACGCCUCCAGUGAAUGCGACUGGUAUAGGAGAGUACCUGUGUGCUAAGCAUUUAGUAAUGGGUCAUGCGAGGGCGUACCACGCGUAUAAUAAUGAUUUCAAGCCGUCACAAGGCGGGCAGUGCGGAUUUACGAAUAAUUUGGAAUGGUAUCUGCCUGAUACGGACUCGGAAGAGGACGCACGUGCGGUGGAGUUGUUGAACCAAGCUAAUUGGGCGCUUUACACAGAUCCUAUCUACUUACCUGAAGGCGGAUUCCCCAAGGAAUUAUCAGAGUUAGUCGCCAAGAAAAGUGAUGAGCAAGGUUACCCUCGUUCCCGAAUGCUGUCCUUUACGGAAGAAGAAAGGGUGUACGUCCAAGGCACUUAUGACUUCUUGGGACUGAACCAUUAUUCAGGGAAUAUCGUUUCAGCGACGAGGUAUAAGGAACCGUAUGCGGUGCCGUCGAUAUAUGAUGAUAUAGAUGUUGGAUGGACUGUUGAUGACACGUGGUUGAAGGGAUAUGCGAGUUGGAAUUAUCUAAUCCCCAACAGCCUCUACAACUGCCUGACGCUCAUCCGCCAGCGGUACAACGACCCCGACAUCUACGUCACCGAGAGCGGCUGGUCCAACGCUCCCAACGCCACUCUCAUCGAUGAGGACAGAGUGACGUAUUACGCUACCAUCAUGGAACAGAUGCUGGAUGCGCUAGAUAAGGGGGUGAAGCUGAAGGGGUAUAUUGCGUGGAGUUUAAUGGAUAAUUUUGAGUGGUCGAGGGGAUAUGCCGACCGUUUCGGGCUGUACGCCGUCGACUUCUCUUCCCCAGAGCGGACGCGGACUCCACGGCUUUCUGCGUUCUUCUACAAGGAGGUGUUACGAACACGUGCUGCUGUCGCGGCCGACUAUCGCCCUGAGGACUGGACUAUGAAGAUCGCGGACGGACCCAUGCAGCUACUCGUCCUUUUAAGUUUAGCAGUGCUUGGCAGCAAUGCCGCAUCCGACAAGCAGGAGAGGAGGUUUCCUGAUGAUUUCCUCUUCGGCACUGCCACCGCGUCCUACCAGAUAGAGGGAGCUUGGAAUGAAGAUGGCAAAGGAGAAAGCAUAUGGGACCACAUGACCCACAACAAGCCGCACGUGAUCAAAGACCAAAGCAACGGUGACAUCGCAGACGAUACAUACCACAACUACAAACGGGACGUAGAGAUGAUGAGGGAAUUAGGUCUAAAUGCUUACAGAUUCUCCCUGUCCUGGUCCAGAAUUCUGCCUAACGGCUUCCCCAGCCAAAUAAACCAGGCUGGAGUUGAUUUCUACAACAACUACAUCGAUGAAAUGCUGAAAUACAACAUCAAACCCAUGGUAACGCUGUACCAUUGGGAUUUGCCGCAGAAACUCCAAGAGUUGGGAGGAUUUACAAACCCCCUCUUUAUUGAAUGGUUCGAGGAUUACGCUAGAGUAGUAUUUGCCUCAUUUGGUGAUCGAGUUAAACAUUGGAUAACGUUCAAUGAGCCUAGAGAGAUCUGCUAUGAAGGUUACGGUUGGACAACGAAAGCCCCUCAGCUGAAUGCCACUGGUAUAGGGGAGUAUUUGUGCGCGAAGCACUUGGUGGUGGCUCACGCGAAGGCGUACCACGCGUAUAACAACGACUUCAAGCCCAGCCAGGGCGGGCAGUGUGGUAUCACGAUCAGCACUAACUAUUUCGCGCCGAUGACGGAUUCGGAGGAGGAUAAGGCGGCUACUGAACUUUAUGCGCAAUCACAGUGGGUCAUAUACGCCGAGCCCAUUUUCUCCGAGCAAGGUGGCUUCCCCAAGGAGUUGAUUGAGCGCGUCGCCGCAAAAAGCAAGGAACAGGGCUACCCCAAAUCUCGUCUCCCAGAGUUCACUCAGGAAGAGGUAGCCCUCGUGAAAGGCGCGUCUGACUUCUAUGGUGUCAAUCACUACACAUCCAAUUUCGUGUCAGCCAGUGAUUAUAAAGAAGAUCAUCCUGUGCCGGGGCAGUUGGAUGACGUGGAUGCAGGCACGUUUGUGCCAGAUGAAUGGCCUAAGUCAGCGUCUGUCUGGUUAAGUCAAGCGCCCCGCAGCUUAUACAACGCUUUAACCGACAUAACCAAGAGAUACAACAGCCCAGACAUAUACGUGACGGAGAACGGAUGGUCGUCGACCGGCGGUCUACAGGACGAUGAUCGCAUCCGUUACUACAGAGCCGCGCUGGGUGAUUUGCUGGACGUGCUGGAUGAGGGAGUCCAGCUCAAGGGAUACAUGGCCUGGAGUUUAAUGGACAAUUUUGAGUGGAUGGAGGGAUACACAGAGCGGUUUGGUCUGUACGAAGUGGACUACGAAUCAGCCGAGAGGACGCGAACGGCGCGCAAAUCCGCGCUGGUCUACAAACACAUCAUAGCCAACAGAGUGAUCGACCCUGACUACGAACCAGAAAAUCUCAAUAUCAGCAUAGAUGAAGGACAUUGACUACGUUGAAGGAAUAAA